AUGCGUGGCCUGCAUGUUCUCGAUUUGAGUUACACUCUGAUUGAGUACUUGCCUAGUUCCAUAUCGAACUUGGAGGAACUUAAUGCAUUAUUGCUCGGAUGUUGUUGGAAACUCGUGUUUGUGCCACCAUUGGAAAACCUCAAGGCACUGAAAGAGCUGGACCUCAGUUAUACUGGCAUUAAGGAAAUACCCCAAGGCUUGGAAAGUUUAACCAUUCUCAAAUGCUUGGACACAGUUGGCUCACGUAUAGAAACAAUUCCAACUGGGUUUUCACAAGGAAUGUCACUUCUUCAGCGUCUCACACUCCCUACAUGGAUGACAAUACCAGUAGAACAAGUUGCAGGAUUGAAACAACUAGAAGAAUUUCAAGGCAAAUUUCGCUGCAUGCAUGAUUUCAACAUAUUUAUGAAGUCUCGACCAAGUGAUAGGCAGCUCAGUUUCUAUGAUAUUCAAAUAGGUGACAGAUGUUCUUAUAGUUAUCACAACCCUGAACGAUUAGCAUUUAAAUUGGUAACUUUUGGAAAAGACAGUCUUAAGAAAGGCGAAACAGGAAAAGAUGAGAUUAUGCUGCCACGAGAUAUUGAGUACUUACGGUUUGAUCAAUGUGGUCUGAGUAGCUGCUUAUUUGAUGAUUUCCAACAAUUAAAUAAUCCUACAGAAUUGAAGCACUGCUAUAUUGAAAAAGAGGAUGGAAUCGAGUGCAUUUUGAGAUUGUCGCUUGAGAAAGAAACAAUGGCAGAAGUUGAACAGCAGUCUUACUUGAUACCACUCCAUUACCUUGAAAGUCUGCAUCUUCAGGACUUGCAGAAUUUUUUUGGUCUCAUCAAGUGGGAAGUAGUACCAGCAGUUGCACCAUUUCCACAUGGUCCUUUUUCUCACCUUCAAAGGUUGGAGGUUGUGAAGUGCGCGAAAAUCAAGAAGCUUCUCCCUCUAAGUUUGGUACAGAACCUUCAAAACCUCAACAUAUUGAAAGUUGAUUCAUGUGCAGAAUUGGAGGAGAUAAUAGGAGAUGAUGAAAUUAGAGACUUGGGUGCAGAAAGUAUCAUCACGCUGCCAAGGUUAAAGAAUUUGUACCUCAUCGAUCUGCCAAAAUUGGAAAGCAUCUGCAAGGGGUCAAUAAUUUGUGAUUCCAUUGAGGAAAUUGAUAUGGAGUACAUUACAAAAGUAAGAAAGUUGCCUUUGUUUCUGCCUCCUCUCAAUGGACAACCAUCUCCGCCUCCAUCUUUCAAAAAGAUAGUACUGUGGAAAGAAGAGAAAGGAUGGUGGGAAUCACUGGAGUGGGACCAGCCCAAUGCCAAAAGUGUCCUUCAACCCUUCGUUAAUUAUAUUUGA